AUGUCACCUGCAGAAGCGCUCCAUCGCCAUCAAUCCUCUCUCGAAGGGAUCCUCGAUUUCUCCGCACAGCCUCCCUUGACCCCAGCUCAACGCCUCUCAGCUGGUCGCCGAUUCGAUCAGUUGGUGAACCAUUUCGACGCUCCCGAUGACAGCUGCAAGGACUACGACCGAGUGAAACUUGUUCGGCUUACAUACGAGUAUGCGCGUUCUGAGGAGUCCAAGGGAUACUUCUUGCGUGCAUUCUUUGAAUCUGCGGGCAUUCCAAUUGAUGCGGAUCAGGAGGACAUCGACCUGACCGAUGCAGACAAACAGGCCAAGCUCCGCGAUUCGUUCGUCAACUUUGCAGAGUACCUGUUCGAGAACUUCUUCUUACCAUUGAAGUCGUCUACCAAGAAGACCCCCCAACCCUCCCCUGCAUCCCACUCAGCAGUCCAACGAGCGCAGGGAGGCGAAGGACAGAAUUUCCUUGGAACGCCAGAACGUGUGUCAGCUCUUCGGGGUGCUUGUCUGCUCCGCGAUCGUCAUCGCUGCGUCAUAUCACGGAAGUUUGACGAUAAGGAGGCCCUUAGGCGCAUGCAAGAUGCGCGUAGACAAGGCGGCGUAGCUCAAGAUGAUGAUGGAAACCCUCUUGUAAAAGGACAGGGUUAUGACUCUCUUGAAGUUGCGCAUAUUAUGCCACAUUCACUCACUCAGCUCAAUGCAAGCAAGCAACUGGACUCUUCCAAGGAAGCGGCAUUGGCGAUUCUUAAUAUGUUCGACAAUGGGGCUGCAUUUCUGGUUGAAGGAACUGAAAUCGAUCGGCCUCGUAAUGCCCUGACCCUCACUCAUAGGCUGCACGGCUUCUUCGGCGACUUCCAGAUCUAUUUCGAGCCCGUUGACCAAGAGCUGCAUACGUACCGAAUCAAUACUUUCAUCCAGGAUAUUAUGGAGUACGAGUUCCCCAUCACUCGAACGCUCUACCUCACCGAAUCACGAACCAUUGAUCCCCCUUCGCCCCGGCUGCUCUCGAUUCAUAACGCCAUUGCCCACAUUCUCCAUCUGUCUGCAGCAGGGGAAUACAUCGACAGAAUACUGCAGGACCUGGAGGAACAUGGUGUUCGGGAAGAUGGUUCUACUGAACUGGACCGUUUCGUGAAGCUACGACUGAAUGGCUGGUCAGUCGGCGAAGUCAAUGGUUAG